GUUUGGACGCCAUUGUAGAAAAAAAAAAGUUGUCUGUUUUCAUCGCCCACUUUGCAGUGCUUUUCCAUCAGAAAUAAUGAAUCUACUGCCGAAGUCUCACAAGGAAUUUGGUGAGAAAGAGUACUGGAAUCGAUUCUUCAAGCAGCGCGGAAAGAGCAACUUCGAAUGGUACGGAGAGUACCUGGAGCUGGCUGAGCUGCUGCACAAGUAUGUGAAGCCCGCGGAUGAGGUUCUGGUCGUGGGAUGUGGUAAUUCUUCACUGAGUGCCAACUUGUUCGAUGUCGGCAUACGGAAGAUGAGCAGCAUUGAUAUUUCGCCGGUGGUGAUCAAGCAGAUGAAGCAAAUGCACGCUGGACAGCGUCCGGAAUUGGAAUUUCUCCAAAUGGAUGCAACUAGCAUGAGUUUCGAGGAUGGGAAGUUCUCGGUGGUGCUGGAUAAGGGCACUCUCGAUGCCCUCAUGACGGACGACAGCGAAGAGACGAUGGAAAUCGUCCGGAAGUACUGGUCAGAGGUGAUUAGGACGCUGAGGCUGGGCGGUAGGUUCAUCUGCAUCUCUUUGCUGCAGCAGCACAUCCUCGAGGCUGUGGUGAGACACUUUUCCGACCAGAACUUCAUGCUGAGAGUCAACAGAUGCCACGAAGCUGAGCAGAAGAGCGCUGAGAACAGCAAGGACGGCACGGCAAUGCCCGUCUUCAUGAUCAUCGCCACGAAAUUCAAGCCGAUGCCCAAGAAGCUGCUCGAGGUGUGUCUCUCUAUGGACGUGGCGAUGAUCCAGCGAGUGGAGACGGAAGAGGAGUUCAUCGAAGCCAUCCGGAGUGCCCAGAAAGCCGCCAUGGUUGUGGCUGGACUUCAUCGGAUGAGCAUAGCGGAUGAGAAAGAGGUGUCGCUGGAUCUCUAUCGGCCUGGUGAGGAUAGUGCGCGCUUCACAAUUUACGUGCUGGAUCAGAAAGGGCAUUUUGGCGCUGGAAAAUACGCCUCUUUCAUCGUACCGCAAGGCAGGGAGAGCGAAUGGCUGUUCUUUACGCCGGAAGGACGUCGCCGACUGCUAAAGACUGUCCGGUACAAUCGUCUCUCCAUCGUCACGAUGCAUCGUGGCCAGCAGUACAGUUCUUGGGACGCCGUGAAGGACGAAUUGUCGUCGAGUGUGCAAAAUCUGGCGCCGGCGGAUCUCAAGCCGGACGAGAUUAUUCCUUAUUUGUCUCUGGGAUGUGAUCUCGGCGCUCGGGAGAUCAUCCACGAGGGCAAGAGUGAAAGUUCUGGGAGCUUCAUUGUCGAAGAUGUGGCCGGAGAGGGUGAAAAUUUAUUCAGGAAACUCAUCUUCCUUUCCAAUCAGUUCGUCGUGCAAUCGGAGGCUCAAGUGAAAUUUGUGAAAAAGGGCAAGAAGAGAGUGAAGGUGAUUGACAAGAGCUAUCUCGGGUGUCAGCAUCACCUAUUCAUGACGCUGGGCGUUCAGAUGAGCGCCAGAUUGGGCGCGAAGACGGCGAAGGUGUCUCCGCAUGUGUUGCUGAUCGGCCUGGGCGGUGGCGGACUGUGUCUGUUCAUGCAGCAGUGCCUCAAGAGUCGCAUCACCGCCGUGGAAAUUGACGCGGAGAUGCUUCAAGUGGCCACGAAGUUCUUCGGCCUGGAGCAGAGCGACAGCCUGAGAGUUGUCAUUGACGACGGACUGAACUUCCUGCGGGACAUCGAGGCCAGACAGGAGAUGUACGAUGCCAUCCUCUUCGAUGUGGACGGCAAGGAUCCGACAGUGGGCAUGAGUUGUCCGCCUGUGGACUUUGUCAGCGACGCCACGCUGCAAUUGGUGCGGAAGAGCCUGACGCCGGAUGGGAUGUUCGUGCUGAAUCUCGUGUGUCGCGAUGAGAGUGUGCGCGAGGCAGUUGUGAAGCGACUGAAGAGUGUCUUCAGGUCGGUUUGCAGAUACAAACUCGAGACGGAUCUCAAUGAGAUUCUGUACUGCUGGAAUGCGGAGAUUUCGCAGGGAAGAUUUGCGAUUGUAGUCAAAGAAGUGUCCAAGGAGAUGCAGAGGAUUGCGGCCGAGCAGAAGCUUCAGUUUGAUCAUGAAUUUCUGCAAGAGGACGCCUUUCCCAGCGACAUUUCCAUGCUUUAACUUU